GCGUUUUUUGCCAUACCACAACAUUUUAUGUCUCGUGCAGUAUCAAAUUCUUGAGAAAAUUCGAAAAAUGGCUCCUGUGAUGAAACUCCGAAAUCCUUUCCUCAACUUCCUAGACGUUUAUCGACGAAAUCACUCUAAUAUGAAUAUGGUCACGGCUGCAAAGGCCGGUGCUCAGCGCUGGCGUCAUCUCACGGAUGAACAGAGAUCAAAGUUCAGGCGAAAUGUUGAUAUGGAUUGCCAUGGGAGUGGCUUAGACUCAAGAAAGAGAAAGAGGGGAAACCCUGGCCCCAUUACCAAUAAUGGAUAUCUGAAUUUUAUACGAAAAUUCCGCCAGAGCAACAGGGCAUUGGACCUCAAGCCGCAGGAUGUGAUACGACAGGCGGCCAAGGCCUGGCGCCGACUUGGCGAUGCGAACAAAACUCUUUACCGUCUUCACGCUUGCAAACAGGCCAUGAGACGUCAAAUGAUAAAGAAGCGCUAAUAAAUGGAGGAGGAGGAGGAGGAGGAGGAUGAGCCAUGCCUACAAUCCGAUUGUUCUAUUUAGUGUGUUUUAAUUCCACGAUGGUUCGGACUUUAUGGCAGUCGGGGAGGCGGGAAAUGUGAUUGAAACAUGCCACUUAACAUCUAAAUUAAUGUAUUGGACAAAAAAAAUAUAUAUAUAAAAGUAUUACUAAAUGUA